AUACAUAUAUAUUUCAGGCCAGAACGUCAUGACGACAUCUUGUGCAUCAUCAGUGUCAGUUGUCAGUGACCCAGCUGAGCAAGAACAGGCCGAUCCAGAAAUUGUUGAUCCAUUCAAGCAAAUAGACGCAACAUCAAUCAACAACGCCUACGCUACCGCCAUGAUGGAGUACGCGAGCUGCAGUGACAGUGACGGCGAGAGCGUGACCCUGGGGCCCGGCGGUGACUGCCGCGCUGGUGACCACGAGGAUCUGUCUGAUGCUGAAGACGCUCCCUGCGAGGAGACGCCGCUGUGGAAAGCAGGAGUAUACACGGCCGAGGAGGCGGUGAGCGUGGCACAGUCGGCACUAAAGAUGCUGCAGUCGGCGUACGUGACACAGAUGUCGCGGCUGCGCGUGCUGCUGCAGUCGGCGCGGCUGAUGUACCUGCGGGACCUCAAGGCGGAGAGGGAUCAGUACUGCAGUAUAAACUCUCAGUCCCGAAGCGGUCCACUCACGGUUCGUGAAAGGCGACAACUACGCAAACUGAAGGCGUAUGCCAGCUACCAUAGAAAACACGGCAACGAUGCUGUGUUAGCCAGGAAGAUGCAUCAUAAGAGGGCUAAGCUAAACGACCCGUGUCCCAAUCGUCCGAUACCGUCGCAAGGCCGGUGUACGUUCACUGAGGGCGGCGUCAGAUGUCCUACCCACGUGUUACCUGCAGCUAAACAUUGUUUGAAGCAUAUAUUGCAUGAUAGGCAACAGGUACUCUUCAACGCAUGCGGCGACAUUCGAGGCGUAACAUCGUGCCGGGAGCCGGUCGCCAAGCUGCCACUACCGUCAGCCGCUUGCCGCUACCACACCGACCCUCCCGUCUAUACUGUCUUCACUUUAGAGAAACACGGGUCAGACACAGAAUCGGAACAGCCCUCAACAUCAGACGACUCUCACGCGGACGAACUGCUAGACCCUCCUUCAGAGACACUCCCGGACCUCACAGAGUCUCUAACCGAGGUCCAAGAAGACAGAGUGGAAGUCCAGGAGUUGGAAGUCGCAUACAGCCAGGAUAUGACGGAGGAAUGACAAAUAGCUGAUCUGGUUUACCAGAUGUAUAACGAUUUUGAAGUCUGCGAUGUGAACGCUGGACAUUAAAGUGUGUGAACAAAGAAACCAGUGAAAAGUGUAUCAUAAUUAGGUGUGGAAACUCUGAUAUUAGGCUUGUGUUAACCAAAACUUGUAUGAUAAAUAAGUAAUUUACUUGUUUGUGAUGUGGACACGAAAGUGUGUUUAAAAGUAUUUUAACUUUCGCGAUUUGAACACAUAUUUGUAGAUAAUCGGGACUUGAACGCGAUACUAUGUACAUAAAGGUGCAAUGUGUGUAUGACAUUGUUUAACGUCGAGUAAACAAAACCUUUUCUAAACAAAUAAACUAUUCAGUGAAAAGUGUAUGUAACAUGGUGGAAACUCUGACAAUAGGGCUUAUUUGGUUACUUACCGAAAACUUUGAUAAAAAUGAUUGAGUGGUUUAAUUGUGAUGGGAUUAUUGACACUUUAAUAUAAAAGGUGGUUGGUGUGUAAAGGUAAAGACUGACUUGACGUUGAUUUGAAAAUGAGUGCUAAAAUGAUCAUUUGACUAGAUAAUGUGACUUGAAUCUCGUUUAAAACAAUAAACGCAUAAAAAGUAUUAAAAGUGCAUUUCUAAGUGUAUUUGAGACAAUUUAAUACCAAAACAGUUAUACUUUAUAAAGUGUAAAAAUGACUUUCCAAU